AUGGUAAUUGGGUUAUCUAAACAAGACGUCUCUGAAGCAAUUAUAUUAGAGCAAUUGUAUGGAAUUUUGAGAGAUUGGAGAAUUUGCAUGAACUGUAAUUCAAAUGCCUCAACUCAUUUAGAUACUGCAAAGAAUAUUCUUAUUUGUCAUCCAUGCACUAAAUCUAAAUUAUCAUGUAAAAGAAUAGGAUCUGACAGAAUUUCUAUGAAACAAGUAGAAAACUUAAAAAAAAAUUUGAUUAAAAUAAAAAAUAAGAAACAUAAGGGAUUCUCUAUUAUAAAUCUCUUAAAAAGCAAAACACUGAAAAAAAAUUCCUAUAAUGAAGAUUCUGAGUUUGAAAAAUAUAGCAGUAAUAUAGAGGAAUGUCUUCUUAGUAAUAUAUUUCCAAAUAAGUCUGAUAAAUAUUUAACAUCAUCAUCUUAUACCUAUUCAAGAGAUAAUUGUGGUUUCGUAUCUGAUUAUGAUGACGUAACAAAAUCAGCUAAUCUAACCUAUAAUUUAAGAAGAUAUCAAUCAAUGCAAAAUUUUGGUAAUUUAAAUUUUAAUGGGAGAGCAUAUAGAAGUGAAGCUGAGCUAGAUUACCCUAUUAAUAAUGAUAAGAGGAAUUCAUCGUGUGUAAAUUUUCGUAUGAAUAGUAAAAAUCCAUUUUCAGAAAAUUCGUGGUGGAAUAAUAAUUAA